CUUCAUAGAAACAAUUCAGUCUUAUCCAGAAGGAGAAAUCAAGUCUAAAUCAAGAUGAAACCCGUAAUAUUGGCUUUGUUCCUUGCAACCUUGCCUGUUGGCCUAUUCGCACAAUUCAUGUCACCAUGGUGGAGUUUCAUGAAUCCAGGAAACUCAGCCACAGCAAUGGCCUCAUCAAGUGCAAAUAGUGAUGGAAAUAGCGGAGCUCAAGCUAUCUCACAAGCGUCGUCAUCUGGAGGAAAUGCCGGAGCCGUAGCAAUGUCGUCAGCGAACUCAGGCGGAAACAACACAGGAAGUCAGGCAAUAGCAAUGGCAUCCAGUGAAGCAGAAAAUUCUGGAGGCGAAGAAGAAGAAACUACUGGAGAAGAAGAAGAAACUACUGGAGAAGAAGAAGAAACUACUGGAGAAGAAGAAGACACUACUGGAGAAGAAGAAGACACUUCUGGAGGAGAAGCUGCAGCACAAGCUGAAGCGGAAGCUCAAGCACAGGCUCAAGCACAGGCUCAAGCACAGGCUGAAGCAGAAGCUCAAGCACAGGCUGAAGCGGAAGCUCAAGCACAGGCUGAAGCAGAAGCUCAAGCACAGGCUCAAGCACAGGCUGAAGCAGAAGCUCAAGCACAGGCUCAAGCACAGGCUCAAGCACAGGCUGAAGCAGAAGCUCAAGCACAGGCUCAAGCACAAGCUCAAGCACAAGCUGCAGCACAAGGUGAAUUAAGAAUUUAA